CAAUUCUUACGGUACUCCAAACUCCUAAAAUUCUCCUCCAGCAAAACCUUGUCUAGAGUGAAGCUCCUUAAAGCGGAGAAAACAGCGGAAUCGAUUGUUUGAUUGAGUGAAUCAUUAGUAAAGAUGAAAAUUGCAGUGGAAGGAUGUAUGCAUGGAGAUUUAGACAAUGUCUAUGCAACUUUAUUACAUUUGGAGAAAGUUGAGAACACAAAGAUUGAUUUACUUAUCUGCUGUGGUGACUUUCAGGCUGUAAGGAAUGAGAAGGAUUUGGAGAGUUUAAACGUGAAGCCAAAAUACAAAACCAUGAAUUCAUUCUGGAAGUAUUACUCUGGUCAAGAAGUUGCUCCGUUUCCUACUAUCUUUAUUGGUGGGAAUCAUGAAGCAUCCAAUUACCUGUGGGAACUGUACUAUGGAGGGUGGACAGCGCCUAAUAUAUAUUUUUUGGGAUUUGCUGGGGUUAUAAAGUUUGGUACUGUACGUAUUGGUGGACUGUCUGGAAUUUACAAUGCACGCCAUUACCACUUAGGGCAUUACGAGAGGCCUCCUUAUAAUGAGAGUGAUAUUCGAUCUAUCUAUCAUGUGCGUGAGUACGAUGUCUACAAGCUCAUGCAAGUUGAAGAACCUAUCGAUAUUUUCCUCUCACAUGAUUGGCCUGUGGGUAUCACCGACUAUGGAGAUUGGAAGCAACUAGUUCGUUUCAAACCCUAUUUUGAGCAAGAGAUUCAGGAUAAAACCUUGGGAAGUAAAGCCGCUGCAGAUCUGAUGGAGAAAUUGAAGCCUCCUUACUGGUUUUCUGCUCAUCUGCAUUGCAAAUUUGCAGCAUCGGUCCAGCAUGGGGAGAGUGGUCCAGUUACAAAGUUUCUUGCACUUGAUAAGUGUCUCCCAGGUCGCAAAUUUUUGCAGAUUGUGGAUAUUCCAUCAGAGCCUGGACCCUAUGAGAUUCAGUAUGAUGAAGAAUGGCUUGCAAUUACAAGGAAAUUCAAUUCCAUCUUUCCUUUGACCAGAAAUACCACAUGGUUGGGGAGUGUACAGCUUGACAAGCAAGAUCGCGAGUGGGUUAAGAGUAAGCUGGCAACUAGAGGCCCGAAGCCUUUUGAUUUUGUGCAGACUGUGCCUCCCUACAAUCCCAACCACUCAAUGUCGAGGGCUUCCUGUUCUGGGCAAUCGAGAAACCCGCAAACAGCAUCUCUAUUGCAGCUUUUAGAACUUCCAUAUCUUCUUGAUGCUGCUGCAGAAUCAAAACAUAGUCCUAUGCCCUAUAGCUCAAAAAAUAUAGAUGAAGCGGCUUCUGAUGGUGAUGACGACGAUGCUGCAACUGAUGAUGUAGACGAAAUUGAACUCCCCGAAGGUGAUGUGGAUACCUAACAUGAUAUGUAAAGCUUGUUUUGGCUGAUGUUAUUCCCGAUGAUCAUAAUCUUAGAUAGGGUUGCUACUAUAGCGUGAUGUUUGGGGAGUAUUCAAUUUUUGACGGUUUACGUCCCUCUAUGAAAAGGUACUAGUGACCCUGUAUUAGCAGUUGAGUCAUUGUUCAUAUUGAAAAGGUAAUAUUCAACAAUAGGUCUAAUACAAAAGAGCUAAUGAAGAGCAUGACUCAGAUUUUUACGUGGUUGGCAUAAAGCUCACAUCCAUGGGUUAGUUUUACUGUUAUUGUUUUCAUUAUGUAGUUGUUGGAACUCCAUUAAAGAGUAAUGAAGCUCAGUGAGAAAAUAGAGAGUGUUUUUUUUUUUCUUGAUUUCAGCGAUCAAGCUCAUUUUCUAAGAUAGUUACUAUUUUGUCCUUAGCUUAAUAAGUCAGCAUCUAAGGUAUUGUUGUAUUGUAUAUCGUUGUAGCCUAGUAAGUUGCUUCGGCUU